UACCACCGGCGCGACGGCUCCGCCUAUUGCUAUAUUAUAUUCCUCGCUGUACGUUCGCCGUCUACGAUUAGGUAGGCGAAUUGCGAUUAGAUAUAAACCUAUCUUUUUAAUAUACUAACGUUGCCCUAUUAUCUCUAGUUCACGGUUACGUUCUAGAGACACCAACGUAUCUUCCGUAAAUCGUUACUUUCGCGUAUUCUAAUGUGGAACUGAACUACGUUCGAAUUUUAAGUAUGGGUGCUAAAGUGUCCCGAACGGAUUUUGAGUGGGUAUACACCGAGGAGCCUCAUGCCAGCCGGCGGAAAAUUAUUUUAGAAAAAUACCCGGAAAUCAAGCAGCUCUUCGGCUACGAUCCCAACUUCAAAUGGGUGGUUACCGGCAUGGUGCUAGUCCAACUAAUAACACUACCCUUCAUCCAAUACCUCAGCUGGCCGAUGCUCAUAGUGGUAGCCUACUGCUUCGGUGGGGUUAUCAACCAUUCUCUAAUGUUAGGUGAGUUCAUUUUACUUCUAAAAUAUUUAAACGUUAAUUUCCAAUGGGUGGUUACCAGCAUGGUGCUAGUCCAACUAAUAACACUACCCUUCAUCCAAUACCUCAGCUGGCCGAUGCUCAUAGUGGUAACCUAGCUACUGCUUCGGCGGGGUUAUCAACCAUUCUCUAAUGUUAGCCAUCCACGAAAUCGCACACAACCUAGCCUUCGGCCACGCUCGGCCUAUGGCCAAUAGACUAUUUGGGUUCUUCGCAAAUCUGCCAGUCGGCGUGCCCGCCUCCAUAAGCUUUAAGAAGUACCACUUGGAACACCACAGGUACCAAGGCAUAGAAACCAUAGACACAGACCUUCCCACGCUCAUCGAAGCGAAACUCUUCAACACCACCUUCGGGAAAUUCAUCUGGCUAAUUCUCCAGCCUCUCUUCUACAUGGUGCGGCCGCUGGUGGUCCGCCCGAAGCCCCCAGAACCGCUGGAACUGGUCAACGUUAUCAUACAGCUGUUCUUUGACGCCUGCGUGGUUCAAUUGUUCGGUUGGAAGGCAAUGUGGUACCUCAUCAUUGGGUCCCUAUUGGCGAUGGGUGUGCAUCCAGUAGCAGGACACUUCGUGUCAGAGCACUACAUGUUCAAGAAAGGUUUCGAGACGUAUUCGUACUACGGUGCACUGAAUUUCAUCACGUUUAACGUUGGGUACCAUAUGGAGCAUCAUGACUUCCCUGCGGUACCAGGCAGUAGGCUACCGGAGGUAAAACGCAUCGCCGGCGAGUUCUACGAUGACCUACCACAACACCACAGCUGGGUGUCUGUCCUAUACGACUUCGUCAUGGACCCUGACAUUGGACCCUACGCGAGGAUCAAGCGCAAGGAGCGCGGUUUGGAGAGCUAAACUCUUUUCUACAGAGCCCAGCUCUUUAUACAGAGUUCGGCUCUUGACUUACCAGUAAGAUUUUGGGCAAAGAUUCGUUGAUUGUAUGAGAUGUGUAAAGGUGGAUUUACUUUUUUGUGUCAUUCUGUUCCGUUGUCCAAGAGGCAAUAGUUGCCACUAUUGAUCCCAACACUACUAUUAUUCUACGAUGACCCACCACAGCUGAGUGUCCGUCCUAUACGACUUCGUUAUGGACCCUGACAUCAGGCCUUACGCGAGGAUUAAGCGCAAGGAGCGCGGGUUGGAGAGCUAAGCUGUUGUACAUAGAACUCGGCUCUUGAGCAAAGCUCUUUUAUAAGAAUUCAGCUCUUGGGUUGGUUCUUGAUUUACCGGUAAGAUUUUUGGCAAAGAUUCGUUGGUUGCAAAAAUGAUACGUGUUAUAUGUGGAUAAACUUUUUUGUGUUGUUAUUCUGGUCCGUCGUCCAAGGGACAAUAGAGGCACAGUUUGUUACAAGAAACGUCCUGCGAACACGCUUAUUAAAUGGAAAUGGCUUAUAAUACCACAAAAAUCAUGUUUGGUAAAAGUAAGAGUUAUAUAUCCCCUACACAUCUAACCGUAACUAUGGCAACGAGUGACACUUCAAAUUGAUUCACCCGUAAGACGAAAUCGGGCUUCUAAAUUCACAGCUAAUGUAGAUGACGCUAUACAGCUCCGUGCAUUAUGCAGUUACUGAUUGUCAAAAGUUGACAAUUAGGCGAGCCACACAGAACGAGCCGCCUCGCGAGGAAAUUGCCGCGCGAAGCAACUCGGUCGGUGGAGACGUGCCUCGCCUGAGGCAAAGAUAUAUGUAACUCCCUCGAAAAAUAAAGAGAAAUUUAUGCUCGAAUAGAUGGCGACCGUUUGAUAUUUAACACAUAUCAGUGAAAGAAGAUGGGUCAAAUAGCCAUAUGUCAUUCUAAGAAUUUUAGUCCUGUGUCGAAAGAUGGCAGUAAAUUUUGUUGAGUACAAAAUUUACUUCGAUAAUACGCCUCUAUAGGUGCUUACUUCUCUUUGCCCGAGGCAAUGCGGUCGAAGUUCGUCUACACAGACCGACCUGCUUCGCGCGGCAAUUUCCUCACGAGGCGACUGUUCUAUGUGGACCCGCCUAUUCCCUAUCUGUCAAACGUAGCGAAACGAUUUUUUCUUAGACUUAACACAUGUAACAACUAUCAAUGAACUUUUCCUUUAAUUAAAACUGAGUUCUUAGACUGACAAAAAGAGCUAAUUUAAAUGAACCAAAUAAUAGUUAUACCGAUUUGGCAACGAGGAAACGGAUAUUUUUUGUAUAUUAAAAUAAAUUAACAUGUGUUUGAAAAUGGAGGCCUGAUGGCUUACUUUUCUUUAGUUUUUACUUGUGUAAAUGAGUGUCAUUCAAGAAGACGCGUGCCUUGACUCGUAUUGUCAUAUAAUUAAAGGUUAGAUUUGACAAAUCUGCGCGUCAUCGUGGAUGACACGAACUAUACAAUAUGUACUAGUAGUGUAUUUUUUUUUAGUUACAUUUACAGUACACAUUUGUAUUGUUACUAAAGAAAUGUCAUUUCUAUAUUUAUAAAAAGAGUACAUAUGUAGUUUUUCUAUUUGCUGAAACCUUAACGUUUUUAAAAUGUAUAGUUCGAAAAACUUAUACCAGUUACUAUAACCAAUGUUUUUUUUUUUUGCAUUUUCAAUAUCCAAUGGAUAACUAUAUUUCCGAGGGAAAUAAAUUAAAAGGAAAUUGUGUUUUUUUAAUGUACUUGAAGAAUGAUAAUAUUACUCAAAAACGAUAGUGGUAAAUGUGUGUAUUUCUGAUUGAAAGGAAAAAAAAAGUUGCUCUGAAACUCUCUUGAUCUUUACAUAAACUAUUUUUUUUCUCGUUUGACGUGUGAUAUUCAUAUAUAAGUGUUAGUAAAGCAAAUAUAAAUACACAGUCCAUAAAGUAAAGUAUAUGGAACCAUUCUUAUUGAAGUAUUAUCUAUAUAUUAGAUAGGUGUAGCAAAAGUAUUUUUGUAUGUUUUUUCUACAUACAUACCUAUAUAACGAUGGUGUUAUUUUGUCACAAUUUAUUAAUAAUUCAUUCAGUGUUUUUUUUUUAGGAUUUGAAAGAAUUGUUUUUUUUUUUUUGUAUUAAAACUUUUUGUGGUUUUGUACUCAAUACUGUUUACUAAAUAAGUCUUAAUAUUCUAAAUAAAAUGAUUGUUGAAUGAAUACUAUAGUACAGGGCAAAAUAUAUGACAGGGUGUUUUGUUAUAAAUUAAGAGAGAAGAAGGUAAAUGUCCCAGUACUCGGCACCUCCAUAUGCAUAGCAAUAAAGUUGAGAAACAGGGCGUCAAAAUAUUAGAGUAAGGGUGUCACACAUUGGGACAUUUUGUUUACGUAAAAUCUUGAAUUUAUUAAACUGAGCUUAUUCAGAUAUAAACAUUACGCUGGUACGGUCAUGUCUGAAAAUAUCGAUACGACAAAAGUGCCAAAAAUAUGUAUACACGACUUUAUUGCCCAUAUAUUAAGGUAGUGUAUACAUAUUUUUGGUACAUUUUUCGUACCGAUAUUUUCAGACGUGACUGUACUGUUGUGGUAAA